AUGUCUUACAAUUUUAGGUCAAGCAAUUUUUAUUUUUGGCUUUUACUUGCCUUUGUUUGUAUGAGUACUUUACCUGUUGGAUAUGUUAUUGCAUAUAAAAGACCUUCCAAAAAUUGUGGUCCAUUUUCUGGACAAGAACGGUUUUAUUCAAUUAUUGGGCAAGUAUUGAGACAACAUUUGCCUAAAAGUUUGGUUGAAGUUAUCUCUUAUUUUAUGUCACCAGGAAUUAUUUUUCCUGUAAGUAUUAUAUAG